CAGGAGUUUCAGCACGGAGCACUUCUGGCUCUGGCAGUGAGUGAGAACCACCGUCCACUAACAGCCAGAGCUGUCAACCCAGCACAGGAGCAGUAAUGACCAGCCGCCCCAGCCCGCAAAUCUCAGGGGUUGCCCGUUCAUGACAUGGCGCUAGCCCUGUCUGGGAAAGGCGCGCUCCAAAUCCCCAGGUGGAAGCGCCCCUUCCUCGGGACUCCAGAUUCCCCACCCGGACAUUUCAUAAGCAGCCAACAGCUGGGGACGGCUGGCAAGGCCUCGUGUUUCGAUUUCACCCAGUCCUGUUGUCUCAAUGGUCUCAGCAUCAGCGAUUGCGUUGUUGGCGCAGUUGGAGUUGAAGCUGGUGACUGUCUUUGAGACUGCAAAACUCACUUCUGCGUUCCAUCUCUCCGCCAGUUGUGAAUCUUGGACAGGACAUGAAACAGGAAGCUUUUGUACAGACUUGGGUCAACCUCGCCUGUUAAAAGAUCGUAUAAGUGGCCGCUGCCAGGCGUGGCUCUCUGGAACUCCUUCAUUCAACAACCUCAGGAGCAGCUGGAGUGCAGCUGACACACUCAAAGCGCCAAGCCCAGCCUGUUUACGGAUAGCAACAACAACACCUCAUCAUCCAUCUAUCUCGACGUUGUCAGUUGCCGUUUGUUUUUCUUAUCUCGUUUUCGUAAUCAAGCUUUGACCGGCACUGCAUCCGCUCAUAUUUGUCUCAUCCUGCUCGGCACCGACCUCCAUCAGCAACCACCCCCCGGCAUCGGUUCGGGGCAAUCGGGACUAUCAUGAAUACUCGACCGCCUCUCGAGACAACCAGCCUUCCACUGGUUCUCUCGAUAACAUUUAAUGACGAUUGCAGCUGUUUUGCUGUCGGGCUGAAUACAGGGUUUCGGAUCUUUAGCUCGGAAACAUGCACGCAGACCACAGCGCGCGAAUUCAACGCGGGUGUUGGGCUGGUUCAGAUGAUGGGCAAGGCUAACUAUCUGGGCAUCGUCGGUGGGGGUAGGAAGCCAAAGUUUGCUGCCAACAAGCUGAUCCUCUGGGACGAGGGUAGGAGCAAGUCCGCUCUCGAUAUCAGCGCGUUGACACCUGUGAGGGGCACUCAGUUGUCUAAGGAACGGAUAGUCGUGGUGCUACAGAACAGUGUCCGGCUAUACAAGUUUGCCAAACCGCCUUCGUUCAUCACAGCCUACGAGACGGCCAACAACCCACUGGGGCUUUGCCGCAUGUCAUCCAGAAUCAUCGCAUUCCCAGGCCGAAGUGCCGGGCAGGUGCAAGUGGUUGAGAUUGCUACGUCAAACGUGAGCAUCAUCCCGGCCCACGCAGCGGCCAUUCGAGCCCUUCAGCUGAGUCUGGAUGGCGAGCUUAUAGCAACUGCUAGCGAGACCGGAACGUUGAUUCGAGUAUUCUCAACCAGGACCUGCGCCAAGAUAGCUGAACUUCGGAGAGGAAUCGAUCCAGCAGCUAUCUUUUCUCUUGCGUUCAACCCAUCUGGGACUAUGCUCGCUUGCACAUCGGACAAAUCCACUCUACAUGUCUUCGACAUGCCGAAAGGAAAGAGAUUGGGUGGCCAGGGUGAGGACGGGGCGCCGGAAACAGCGAAUGAUCAAGGGAAAUGGGGGAUUUUGUCCAAGAUCCCUUUAAUGCCUCGGUUCGUCAAGGAUGCUUAUUCCUUUGCCACACACCCCUUCGAGGCGGGUGAUGAACCCUCUGUUGGGAACCAGCUUCUCACAGAGAGCUCAACACUUGGGACUAUGAGGCUGCCAAAAGGGGUUAUUGGUUGGCUUGACGACACUUCGCUGCUGGUAGUUGGAGCUGGCACUGACGCUCGUUGGGAAAAGUUUAUCAUCAAGGAUGAGGGAGGGGGCAAACGUUCUCUAGCAAAGGCGGGCUGGAAGAGAUAUCUCGCGGACUAGGAGGGGACUACUCAACGUAUUGACCUUUCGGCGCGGCGUUAGUGUGGGUGGCAUUGCUUGUUUAGGGGGUAUGGUUUACAUGGAAUUAUGGGAAGGGGGCAGGCUAUCAGCGGCAGGAAUUUGGGCUCAACAGCAGGCGUUUAUUUGGCAUUUUACUUGAUGGCAUCAUUCUCCAGCAAACAUUAGCGGCUGGUUCAAUGUGUAGUUUUGUAUUAAACAUGGCUUGGGUAUCUUAUCAACUCGUUGCACUUCUUCAAUGACCAACACACUUGGGUCUCCUUUCAGUAUCCAGG